CACAUAUAACUGGUCUAAGUUACGAGCCCUUGUCAUCAUGACGUCAGAACUGACGUGGAAGCCGUCGUUGCAGCCAUGGAGGAAGUAAGAGUAUUUCCGCUCUCAUGUGUGGUGCAGAAUUAUGCAUGGGGUAAGAUUGGUCUGGACAGUGAAGUCGCUAGACUUGUCGUUGGUGGAGAUACUUCAACUGUCAUUGAAGAAGACAAGCAUUAUGCUGAGCUGUGGAUGGGUGCUCACCCCAAAGGAGAUGCCCUCAUCAACGACAACAGGAUAGCCCAGAGGACGCUGGGCCAGUGGAUCGCUGACUACCCCGCAUGCUUGGGGUCAAAGGUCAAAGAUACCUUCCAUGGGCAGCUGCCUUUCCUUUUCAAGGUCCUGUCGGUCAACACUGCUCUGUCCAUUCAGGCACAUCCUAAUAGGGAGUUGGCCGGACGGCUCCACUCUCAGUUUCCAGAGCAUUACCCAGACAACAACCACAAGCCUGAGAUGGCCAUCGCACUCACCCACUUUGAAGGCCUGUGUGGCUUCAGGCCCCUGGAAGAGAUUAUUGGCUUUCUCAAAUCUGUCCCAGAGUUCCACGCCCUGGUGGGGAACGAGGCUGCCGAGGAGCUGCAGAGCAGUGUUGGGGAUGCGCGCCGCACCUCGCUGGCUCUCAAGAAGUGCUUCACCCGAAUGAUGAACUGUGAGAAAAAGGUGUUUGUGGACCAGCUCAACAUGCUGGUCAAAAGAGUCUCUGAGGAUGCUGCUGCCGGGAGAGACACGUCAAGCAGUAAUGGGGAGCUGUUGCUCCGGCUCCACUCCCAUUAUCCAGGGGACAUCGGCUGUUUCUCCAUCUACUUCCUGAACCGCGUACUGUUGGAGCCUGGCAACGCCAUGUUCCUGGGCGCCAAUGAACCGCACGCAUAUCUUAACGGAGACUGCAUUGAGUGCAUGGCCUGCUCUGACAACACUGUGCGUGCCGGCCUGACGCCCAAGUUCAUCGAUGUCAACACCCUGUGUGAGAUGCUAAACUACAGCCCUGCGUCGGCCAGCACUAAGAUAUUCCCAUCCACCCAGGACCCCUCAGACCCAUAUGUCCAGCUGUAUGACCCGCCUGUUCCUGACUUCACUGUCAUGAGGAUACAGGUGCCAGCCUCGAUCAAGCAGUACACUGUGGCCCCGGUCGACUGUGCCGGCAUCCUGCUGGUGAUUGAGGGCGAGGCCACCGCCACCUCAGACGGCGCCCUCUCCGACAUCAGCCUGAGGCGGGGCACCGUCCUCUUCAUCUCGGCCAAUGAGAGUGUCUCCCUGCACAUCACAUCCACCUCUGGAAUGACCAUGUAUCGGGCCUGCAGUCUGCUGUAGCUUCAGGCUUUAUAUCAUGACAUUUCAUCAGUGUUCAGGCCAACAUGUGGUUUUCUGUGCCACUCUCCGUGACAGGGUAUCCCACUAGCUGACUGAAGCCAGUAGUUAUAGACUGACGAAGAACAGCUUAACCCCUUUUAACUGGUCUGUGUGUAGAUUAUCCUGUUUUUCAGACCUUCACCCUGAUGGCUACAGUAACUUGUAGGGCAUGGGAUUGGAACGGAACUCCUGAUAUACAAUCUAAUCACAAUAGUGCUGAAAUCUAUUGCAAUUGUGACAGUUCUAAUCGUGUUGCAAUUCAGUACUGUGAUUAUGUAUAUCUAAGUUCCUGUUGUUGCCUACCAUAGUAUGUUAUAGAGGGAGCUAUGAUUUAAAAAAAGGUUGGUCAGUCCCUGAAACAAGUUGAAAACCAAUGUAAAACCUUCACCGCAUGAAAAGUAACAUUAAGGUAUAAAGGUAUAUUGAGCUAUAUAAAUUGCAAUAUUGUCAAAACAAUUUCCUGGUACGUACUGUAACUUUACUGAUAUUUUCUGUGCGUGGCUGGUGUGUGAUACAUGCACUACUGGUUCAUCUUCUACCCGGGGUCUUUCAUUUGGCCCAUAUAUCUGCGGCUGUUUAUGCUGUAUUGAGGUAGUGAAUAGGUCCUUUAAAUCAGUACAGUAUGAUGAGUAUCAACUCACCUCUCUUAAAUUGAUAGAAAAUAUUUUAUUUUUUCCAUGGCAUUGGUGACAUUUUCCAUUAAAAAUGACUGCUGUCCAAGAUAAUUAAUCAUAUGAUUUUAAUGCUUUGCUGUAACAUUUGUCACAGAAUAUGCUAAUUCGGCUGUGCAUGUUUUCAGAAUAAAAUCAGUUGCCUCGUUCCCACCUACCUGCGUCAGUCGUAUUAGGACGUAUUGAUUAACCAUACAUUGAGAAUGCACAGUAACUGUUUUGAGAGAGCUUUUUCAGCUUCACCCUAAACAUCUAAGUUGGUUCAUUGAGAAAUAUCUUCACUGGAGCUGUUGCAUUUUAAUGUCAGAAAUCUGAAGCUGCAUGUAUUUGGCAACUCACAGAUCCAAUAUGAUAGGAACAAACAUUGUUACAGCCUGUCCUGGAGGGACCUUUUGACUGUAAUGUGUUAAUGAAAACCCCUCGCAUUGUAUUAUAGUAUUCAACGUUGAUGUUUGAGAUGAGGGCUAUAUUGCAAUCAGUCUACAUAUUUCCUUGCAUCCAAAAUGCAAGGAAAUACUUUUUAUGAAUUGUACAUCUGACAAUCUACAUCUAAUAAAACCUUUACCUAAGGUAAAAACCUGAAGUUAAUUUAUGACCUGCUUGAACUGGCAUGUUUAAUUUGUAUGUUAUAGUUUGUUGUUCCAAGAAUAUGUUGGAUUCGUAUUAACUUGUUUUAGAUUUGUAUUAGCUUGUGUUGCAUUUGUAUUAGAUUGUGUUCCAUUUUAAAUGAAGCACUACUGGGUCAGGCAUGUCUGCAAUGUUGUGGUCAUUAGGUCACAUUGUAUCAAGACACUACAUAUUUUAUGCAAGUAGUACUUACCAAGUUCUGUUGUUUAUAAUUUUGUGCUUAUUAAGCACUAGCCUAGUGCUAUCAAUUGAAUAACAACAUAGGAAACUUGCUUUGUGAAUGAUAAAAUGUAGGAUUCUGAGAGAUACAACAUAUUAGUCACUGAAGUCAUGCCAACUGGUAUCAUCAAGAAUACUUUGAUUAAAAAGUUUUUAUACUUCAGUUGUUAAAAAAACUUGUUUUGAUGUGUUUGAUUGAAGACUAAAUCUAAGACUGAAUUGAAUGUCUGAACUAAAGGUAAAAUAGUCACACUUUAGCAGAACUAUGAGAAUGUUUGUUCCUAUAGAGGCUAGAAUCAGGGCAUGGUUUAGUAUUUAUGACUGUACUACUGUAACAUGGAUCUCUACGGAAAGCAUCUCUGUAAACCUGAAUAAAAAAUUACAUCUGUA